CCACCACCCAAAUAAAACUAAACCAUGACACUUUUAUGCAACCUUUUUACCCCCUUUCAUUCAUUUCCAAUACUGACGAUUGCUUCUUUCUGCAACUUGAAUUUCAGCAGUAAUUGUCUUUGUAUCUAGUAUUCUGCUUACAUUAGGUACCUAACCUACCUCGUAUAUUAUUCUCACAGCCCCGCGGUUUAAUCGGAACGAACAGCGGUUUCGUCGAGCGUUCUCCCCCACCACAGAAGAGGAAAGACAUGAGCUCCGAGACCGCCGAGAAGAUGUCGCCGGCUACGCGCGAGGUAAUAGGCAAGGUGCGCCAGCUUGUACCGCCGAUGCUGGAGAAGUUCCAUAAAGGUCAAUUGGGUCGCGUGGCUGUUAUCGGCGGUAGCGAGGAUUAUACUGGCGCGCCGUAUUUCUCUGCUAUGGCGAGUGCUCGCCUGGGCUGCGAUAUGUCCCACGUCAUAUGCACCCCCGGUGCCGCCGCCGUGAUCAAGACGUAUAGCCCGAACUUGAUGGUGCACCCGCUCAUGCGCCAGUCUCCUCCUCCGGGCUCCCACUCGAGCUCCCCCGCCGACACGGACCCCGCACAAGUCUCUAGCAAGAUCAUCGAUAUGCUGCCGCGGCUACAUGUGCUCGUCGUAGGGCCGGGACUGGGACGGGAUCCGCUGAUGCAGGAGACUUGUGCCAAAGUACUCGCCGCAGCGCGCGAGCGCAAGAUGCCCGUAGUCCUAGACGCAGACGCAUUGCUUAUCGUACUCAAGACGCCCGAGCUGGUAAUAGGCUGGCGGGAGGUGGUGCUCACGCCGAACGUAGUCGAGUUCGGGCGGCUGUGGAAGGGCAUCAAGAGGGACUCGUCGUCGCAGAGCGAAGAGGCGAGUAGCGGAGCAGACUCGCCUAACCAAGUUGAGGCGCUAUCGCGCGCGCUCGGCGGCGUGACGAUCGUGCAGAAGGGCGGCAACGACUUCAUUAGUAACGGCGAAACGACGCUGGUAGUCGACCUGCAAGGCGGGUAUAAGCGAAGCGGCGGACAGGGAGACACGCUGACGGGAAGUAUUGCGACGUUCUUGGCCUGGAGACAUGCGUACCUGGAAAAGAUCUGGGACCACGGCGGCAACCUCAGCGAGGCAGAGACGCUCGGAUUAGCUGCCUUCGGAGGCGCGGCUAUCACGAGGGAAUGCUCCCGCCUUGCCUUUGAGAAGAAGGGUAGGAGUUUACAGGCUAGUGAUCUGACGGAUGAGGUCCACACAGCAUUCUUAAACGUGAUCGGGGAACCGACUGGGAAGCAAAGUUAGAACGAGCCGCAAUCUAGGAGCAACGACGCAGCCACGACUGUGAGCCAAGAGACUUUCUAGUAUGAAAACAAUAUUCAAUUAGCGUUGCCGUAUCAGGACAGCUCAUCCAAAACUGUCAGGCUGGUAUGGCCUGGAAUUUAACCCGAUAUAUAUCAUAUGGGGUGAUUUAGCACAGUUCGACCAAAUAUUUACUUGUAUAUAGGCUAUAUGUAGGUAGUUUCAGUAGAGAACUAAUGGUACACGUGACCAUGAUAUACAGCUCCUUGCCGCAUACAAGCUACAUAGCAAUUAGUUGUAUGUCAGGGAGGCAUCGAAAUGCAGUGUGAUCAUGCUUUGUAACUCAUGACAAACGUCAACGCCCCGUGCAACAAUCUUGCGAUACUCAAUCGCACGGGAGCAUAAUAUCCAGAAACUGAACGCAACUUAGACGCAACGUCGAAAUACA